AUGGGUCACAAGUUUCUCCUUACCACUACCAUCCUUCUCAUCAGCCUAAUCAAUCUUUCUCCGAGAACCCUGGCAGGCACUGAAAUCCUAGACACAGAUGGUAACCCAUUAGUAUCAGGCUCACGCUACUAUAUCCUCACUUCCGGCUGGGGCGCAGCAGGCCGAGGCGGCGUAACCCCAACAAUAAGAUCUUCCUCUGGUGUGCCUUGCCCUAAAUACGUCGCCCAAUUCUCGAGUGAAUGGGAGAAAGGUCGCCCCGUAAGUUUCUUUCCUUCUGACCCAAAUCAGAAAGAAAUUACCGAAGAAACCGAAGUGAAUAUCUCCUUUGGUCUAGACCCAUAUUGCCGAAAUUCAAUGGUCUGGCAACUAAAUUUUGAAGAUAGUGGGGUUGGAUCAUACAUUCCUUUUAUCACUACCAAUGGAGUUAUCGGAAAUCCGGGGGCCGAAACGUUUAAUAAUUGGUUCCAGAUUGAGAAAAUUGAUAAAUUUGGAUCUUACAGGAUAUUGUACUGUUUCCUACUCCCUGUUCCUUAUUCUGAUAAGCAAGGGAAAGAGGGGAAAAGUUGUGAACAGAUAGAUGCUACUAUACCUGGACGUAAUGGUUUGAACUAUUUAAGCCUUGUACCAAUUGAAAAUUCCCUCCCUUUCUUUGGGUUCGUUUUCAAGAAGGUUGAGGAAGAUGUUAUUACGGCUUCUGUUUAA